CGGUCAGGCCUGCGGCCGCAGGGGCAGAACUGCUCGGUGGUCUGAGCCUGGCACUGGGCUGGGGUCGGCCUGUGGCUAGAGGACGUGACUUCCAUCUCCUUUGUGCGGCAUGGUUUUCAACCCCUUGACCCGCCGGUUCCUUUUGUUUGGGAAGCAUGGGGCCACAUCCCGUCCUUUGGAUUUGGAGAAAUAGAUGGGGUCCAGCGGUAUCCAUAGGCCACUCCAAAUGUCGCUUACCCUGCCCUGACCUUUGCUUGGACCAGCAGGCUCUUUCAAUGGUGCUUUAGCCUCUGUUCCAGUCCAGGACCUGGGCUCCACUGUCAUCAAAGAGGUCUUGAAGAGGGCCACUGUGGCUCCGGAUGAUGUGUCUGAGGUCAUCUUUGGACACGUUUUGGCAGCAGGUUGUGGGCAGAAUCCUGUUAGACAAGCCAGUAUGGGUGCAGGAAUUCCUUACUCUGUUCCAGCGUGGAGCUGCCAGAUGAUCUGUGGGUCAGGCCUAAAAGCUGUGUGCCUUGCGGCCCAGUCAAUAAGGAUAGGAGACUCCAGCAUUGUGAUUGCAGGAGGCAUGGAAAAUAUGAGCAAGGCUCCUCACUUGGUUCACUUGAGAACAGGAGUAAAGAUAGGUGAGAUGGUACUAGCUGACAGUAUACUCUCUGAUGGUCUUACAGAUGCAUUUCACAACUGUCAUAUGGGUAUUACAGCUGAAAAUGUAGCUAAAAAGUGGCAAGUGAGUAGAGAAGAUCAGGACAAGGUUGCAGUUCUGUCCCAGAACAGGACAGAGAAUGCACAGAAAGCUGGCCAUUUUGACAAAGAGAUUGUACCAGUUUUUGUGUCAUCUAGAAAAGGUCUUAUUGAAGUUAAAACAGAUGAGUUUCCUCGCCAUGGUAGCAACAUGGAGGCCAUGUCCAAGCUAAAACCUUACUUUCUUACAGAUGGGACAGGAACAGUCACCCCAGCUAAUGCUUCAGGAAUGAAUGAUGGUGCAGCAGCUGUGGUUCUUAUGAAGAAGUCAGAAGCUGAUAAACGUGGGCUUACACCUUUAGCACAGAUAGUUUCCUGGUCGCAAGUGGGUGUGGAGCCUUCCAUUAUGGGAAUAGGACCAGUUCCAGCCAUAAAACAAGCUGUUACAAAAGCAGGUUGGUCACUGGAGGAUGUUGAUAUAUUUGAAAUCAAUGAAGCCUUUGCAGCUCUCUCUGUUGCAAUAGUUAAAGAACUUGGACUAAACCCAGAGAAGGUCAACAUUCAAGGAGGGGCUGUAGCCUUGGGCCACCCUCUUGGAGCAUCUGGCUGUCGAAUUCUUGUGACCCUGUUACACGCACUGGAGAGAACGGGCGGAAGUCGUGGUGUUGCGGCCCUGUGCAUUGGCGGUGGGAUGGGAAUAGCAAUGUGUGUUCAGAGAGCAUGAACUUUGAACCACCUCAAUUUCUUUUUAAACUAAUAAAGUACUAGGGUUAUAAUAUGUGAAAUCAGAGGACCAAAGCACAGAUGGAAACCAUUUCCUACAUCACAAAAACCCAAGUUUACAGCUUGGUGUAUUUUAAUGGAUACUCAAGCUACAAGACGACUGCAUUUAACAUUGUUAUAAAUAAAGAAACAAGGAGAUCAAUUAUUAA